AUGACUAAAGUACUCAAUAUUAUAUGUCUGAUCUCGCUGGUCGCGGGAAUCGGAGUUCAAGCUUUACCGACUGAGAAGUUAGGUAUUGCUCUUCCUGACCAAGAGAUAGCCCUUUCUGGUGAGUUUAAAAUCCUAUGUUUUGUAGGAUGGUUUUAUCUGACAGUCAGUGGAGCAGAAAACGCAGUAGUGGAUCAAUCGCGAGAGGAAUGGAGUCCUUUCAAUCAGCAGGAGAUCGAAGAUGAAAAGCAUUAUUGGGUAGUAUGCGACAACGACUUAGGAGGUGAUCAGCACAUAGGUGUCAACACUCCUCACCAACCAUGUCGUCGAGCUUCUACUGGUGGUGGAGGCGGGGGCAGAAGUGGGGGAAGUAGUAGCAGUAGUAGCAGCGGUGAGAGCAGUAGUGGUAGCAGCAGCAGCAGUAGUAGUGGUACAUCCGGUUCAUCGUCAGAAGAAGAAGGAUCUUCAGGUUCAUCGUCAUCAGGAACAGGUGGUACGGCUGCUGGAGCAGGAGCAGGAACCGCUGGAAAGAAUAACAACAAAAAUAAAACUAGUGAUGCCUUUCCUCAUGCAUUCAUAGGAAUAGACUCUAGAUGUCUGACUGUACCAACGAUAAUCAUGUCGAUAGUCUUUGUAGGAAGCUUGACAACAUUGAUCUAG